CAGCGCUUGUUAAUGACGUAUCAGUUAUUCUAGCAGAAGCAAUGGAGGUAGAGGCAAAAAAUGAAGAUUGCUCCUGGCUUCCUUUUAUUCUUGAUAUUAUAAAAUGCAUGGAUAAAGACAGUACGGAUGUGAACCAAGAGCUGACCAAGCUAAAGACUAAGAUUCAAGAGACCAGGGAGAAGAUCCUAGCCAUGCCUGAGAUAGAGUCCAGUCCUGGGGAGCAGCAGGAGCAGCUGAAGACCAUGAGAGAGAAGGUGGACACCAAGACACAGCUCCUACAAAAAUACAAGGGCCUCUGUGUGUUUGACUCUCCCAAAUCAUAGAGGAAUGGUGACAACAUUAUGGUGAAUGGAUUAUCAGGGCAUGGAAAGAAAAGACUAAGCAUGGCAUCCAAACUAAUUUAGCUAGGUUUCACUGUUGUUUCACUUCAAGUUAAAUGAUGGUGAAUGCAGCGUUCAGUCUGGUUUAACCAGGCUACAAAAGACUGACCUUGUUAUGCCAAAUGUGUGCAUCAUUCAGUGAAUUCAUAGCCUGGCUGCUUUCAAUUUAGGUACGUACUGACUGUGUAAUAUAGGGCAAUUGUAGAAUAUAAUUAUUAUCAAUAAGAGGUGUUAAAUAGUGUAUAUUUAGCAGAUUUUAUGGUUGUAUUGUAGAAAUAAACAGAUUUCAUUGGGAAAAUAUUUGUUUUUCUCAGUCGUGUAUGGUAUCUUAAGUAUUCAGUCAUAACAAUGAUUGGUAAACACACCAAAGCAAAUUCCUGGAAAGGCCUAGCCCAUUGAAGUACCAACACAAAGCAGUCGCCUGCCAAGAGAGAACUGCAUACUAAUUAGCGUUGUAAUUAUGCCUUUCAGCCAUUAAACCAAAGGGAAGAACAAUGUUACAGAAGGCGGGGAUUAUUUUGAUUGGAACGGUUGUAGAAGAUCAUGUCUCAGUCUUCGCAGGAUAGGCAUAAUCAAGACACACAUGUCACUGUUCUUGUGUAUGAAUUUACAGGAUAGGGGAUAGUGGGGUAAGUUGAGUCACCCUUGUUUCUAGGUAACCAUACACAAAAUGUAUCAUUUGACCAAAUAUUUAGGAAGAGGUCAUAAUUUCAUGGAGUCUGUGAAGGAAGAAACCACAUGGAAAAGGUGUUAAGAAAGUUAAAUAAUAAAACAUUAUUUUCACCAAGUCAAAUGAA